ACGAGACGCUACUAUCCCCCAUCCUACCGUCCGAAGAGACAAAUUUUGACAGAAAUUACCUCUUGAUUUCACCAUGGGAUGUUGUUUUUCUGGUGGUGAUGGAAAACUGGCUGAGCAAGAGGAACCUGCCCCUCAAUUUAGUUGUUGUAUCUCCUGUCCUCUAUUUUGCAGGGAAAAGAGAGAAAAGCUCGACAUCAAGGACUUCACCUUCGCUGACCUGAAGGGCGAGGAGGUCGGCAAGGUUCCGGGGAAGAUAAAUGGCCAGCGAUUCAUCAUCAAGAAUUGUGAGGAUUGUACCAUAUAUCUGUUUGAUCACAUGGCAACGAUCACCGUGGAUGAUUGCACGAACUGCAGGCUAUUUGUAGGACCAAACAAAGGAAGUAUUUUCCUGAGGAACUGCAGCUCGAUGAAAUGUGUGAUCGCCUGCCAGCAGUUCAGGACGAGAGAUUGCAAAUCAAUAGAAACGCUUUUGCACUGCGAUUCCAAGCCUAUCAUAGAGUCGUCAAUAAAAAUGAAGUUUGGCUGCUUCCAGUUCUACUACCCAGAGCUGUACGACCAAUUCAAGGCUGCUGGACUGAAGGCUUUCAGUAACACAUGGAGUAAUAUACAUGAUUAUACACCAGUCCCUGGGGAAGAAAACUGGUCCCUCUUGCCAGAGGAUUUGAAUGUGGAGGAGUUCUUACCGUUACCCAAGUCCGAAGAACUAGUUGCCGUGGGAGCAUCGUUAGACCCUGAGAAGAGCGUUGUCCCCAUUACACACGGAACAAGAAGACGUGUGGGAGAUCUGACGUGUCUGAUGUUGGUGUUUAGGAACGAGCAUUCUGACGAAAGGAUUAGAGCCAUCAUAAGAGAGGUUCACAAAUCUAGUGACUGUGUGCUGCUGAACACAAGACAAACAAAAUUGAAUGAGCAGGAUGUGACGAGGAUGUUCGGGGGAAACCCUGUGCAUAAGGAAGCUACGAAGAAAGGCCUUGUCACAUCACUUGAAGUCAAUGGCACGGACACGAUAAACAAAUGCCGGAGCAUCAUAGAGCAGGUUGCAGGAGACUGCGUCGUAUACCUAUCCGCAGAUCAGGAAGCGGCUUCCCGCGAUCACGACAACUGGGUCAAUUUCAUUGAUUCCCAGAUGACCAUGUGAGCUGGAAGCCAUUGAUUGAUUGUUGAUAGAGGCUGUCAUCUUAGAUUUCAUUGAUUUAAGUCCCACGUGCAGUGACUUGUGUUGGGUGUUGGGCUGCCCCAUGUAGUCCCAUAUAGAGUGGAUUGUGUAAGUAGGAAGGGGCUGUGUAGUCCCAUAUGGGGUGGAUUCAUGCAAGUCGUGGGGGGCUUGUGUAGUCCCGCCUGCUGUGUUUUGAGUAAGGAGGCCUUGCAUGGCAAUAUUGGCAUGCACUUUGCUUAUUUUAAUAUUUGAAAGGGUUUGUGACUCAUUCAAAGAAAAUUGCAGUACUUGAUAAGAAUAUCUUGUAUUCAAGGCCCAUCUCACUGUCUGUAGGGGGAUGCAUAGGUGACUUCUCACGUCAGUAAUGUGGAUUUGAUGAAAAUUUCCUUGUGUGACACCAAUCGUACAUGUAUGUAUGAUGGUGCCUACAGGAUUGCGCGGCCGAUUGUGACAAAAACGUCUUUAUUGAAUGUAUAUUUAUAAUAGUGUUUGAUGCAAAUUUAGUUGCAAAAUCAUAAUUAUUUGAUUGAUAAGAUUGAGCUGUUAGAUUUUAAAAUGCUUGUGUGAUGAUUUAAAGUAUUUAUGGGCUUUUCAUUUAGUGGUUUGAUAGAUACAAAUAAUGCACAGGUAUGAGAGAGUGUGAGUGGCCAUGCAGCACAUCAAGAGUUUUAUUAUGUGUGAGAAGCAUGAGGCACUUGCGCCAAAUAUUCAUUUGUAAUAACCGAGAUGCCUGCAUCAGCUCAUUACCUUUCAAUUUCAAUCUGUGCAUCAUUUGGUUUAUAAAUUGGUUCAGCAUUUUGAAUCUGCAGGAAGGAAUUUGUUAAUCUCUCCACAUUUCCUCACAUCGAUUGCGCAGACGAAGAGGCGACGUUUGUUUUCUAUCGCGAAAUCACAUUAGCCUUGCCAGUAUAAUUGCGGGGCUGAGUAACUGCCUCAAAAUCCUUGCCAUAGCCUUUUUUUGUGAGAGAACAUGAUGUCACUGGCAUCUCAGUCUUCUGCCGCAGAAGUGAAGUGGUGCAGCAAAAAGUGCACAGUGCUGCAACGAACAAUGCAGCGUCGUGUGGGUGCAUAUAAUUAAAGUGUGAGUACAUGAUUUGCGUAAGCAAUCGUCAUUGGCUACAUCCGUGAACUUGUCUUAAUAUUGAUUUUGACAAUGAAAAUACCCCCACCCUACACAUGCCAUUGGCUGCGAUUUUUGUACAAAUGUGUGAAUGGUGCAAAUUUUACUGAAGCGAUUAUUGGCUUGGAAAAUAUGCUU